AUGGGAGCAACUCCUUUCCACCACUCGAUCUUGGAAGUCCGGCUACCGAAGCACUUCGAUAAGCCAACGGACAUGAAGUAUGAUGGGACCCAAGACCCCCAGAAGCACCUAACGACCUUUGAGGCCAGGAUGAACCUGGAAGGGGUGGGCGAUGAAUUCACUACACGUAUCGCCAAAACGAAGUACCCGAUCAAUCUGCUGGGAGUAACACAAAAAACCGGCAAGCCGACUCAGAAAUACCUGGAUAGAUUCAACGACGAGUGCUUAGAGAUCGACGGAUUAACCGAUUCGGUAGCCAGCCUGUGCUUGACCAAUGGGUUAUUGAAUGAGGAUUUCAGGAAACACCUUACCACCAAGCCCGUUUGGACAAUGCAAGAAAUUCAGAACGUGGCUAGGGAAUAUACCAAUGAUGAAGAAGUCAGCCAGGUCGUGGCAGCCAAUAAGUGGCACCCCGCUUACUCCAAUGCUCGCCCGCUCAGUGGCGGGGAAAGGUCGAAGGAGCACUCCAAAGACGGAGGAUCAGCUAAAACCUUCAAGCCAUUUCCCCGGAUUGCCGACAAGGGCAUCUUGUCGCAGCCCCGACAGCUCAAGGAUAGGAUGGGAGGAAAGAAAAACCUCUAUUGCGAUUACCACAAGGGCUAUGGCCACAAAACCCAAGACUUCUUCGACCUUAAAGACGCCCUGGAGCACGCCAUUCGGGAGGCGAAGCUGGCCGAUUUCUCCCACCUUAUAAGGGAACCAAGGAGGCGGGACCACAACUGGUCCAGCAAGGACAAAAACCGCGUCGUGAGACAAAGACGAGAGCCCGAGGAAGAUAAUGAACGCGGCCUCACUAUUGCAAAUGUAGUGAUCGGGAGAGAUGUUCCCCCAGAUCAAAAUCGGCUAGCAAGAAGAACGCCAAGGUCUUAG